UAUAAAAGACCCGGAUGAAGAUGUUUCAGCCAGUAGAGUUGGAGGACGCAGAGAGAGGACAGCGUGCAUUUUAUUGAAUGUUUUCCUUUCCUCUAUUGCCCGUCAUGGGGGGCAUCAAGCUGUUCAUGUUGCUCCUGCUGAGCAGCUAUGCCUUAGCUCAGCAAGGCAACGAGAAUGCGGAGCAGACAUCAACCUGUGUCUUGGCCAGCCGAUACAAGGCCUAUAAAAAAUACGUCUACCAGUAUAGCACUCAGAGCCAGAAUGGGGUGGUGGGGGCUGCCAGCCUCAGGAAUGGGCCCAUGCUUACUUGUCAGGUGGAGGUCGAAGUCCCCCAGGUUUGUAAAUUCAUUCUGCACACCAAGUCCUGCGCCCUCAGUGAGGUGUCCAGCAUGGACGCAGGGGGCCGGCCCGUCUACAGGCCGGCGGCCACCUCGGACGCUUUCGAGGCUGCCAUGGCAAAGAACCCAUUGAAGUUCACCGUGGAGCAGGUCACCACGGUGCACCUGUACCCUGAGCCAGAUGAGCAGGACAACCUCCUCAACGUGAAGAGGGGCAUCGUCUCCGCCCUGCUGGCUCCGGUGGAGGAGGAGCAGCACAACCGUCUCAUGAACACUGUUCAUGGUGUGUGCGCAACAGAGUACACCAUAAACGCCCAGAAGGACAUUGCAACUGACGUGUCACUGUCCAGAGACCUCUCUGGAUGUGACCAGUUCUACGGCAGGGUGCAGGACAGCAGUCCCUUGGCCCUGAUUCAGAAACUGCAUCAACCCAUUGCUAAGUUGAUCAGAAGCACCCAACAUUGUAACUACCAGUUUGACAACCGGAGGAAGCACAUGUCGGCAGCUGAAUGCACAGAAACUCACGUCUUCCUGCCCUUCUCUCACCAAGACAAUGGGAUGUCAUCUGUGGUCACUCAAAGGUUGACCUUACAAGAGUCUCAGAGGAUUAAUAGCAGAAACUUUGAGGUUGAGCCCUGGCGCGGCAGCUGGCUUCACUUCCAGAAGGCUGAGGGCAAAGCUCCGGUUCAGACCGGGGACGGUGUGCUCCGCACGCUGGAGGACUUGAAGGAGCUGGCUGGGAUAGGCGGGGGCCAGAGGAGGGCGGGCCUGUUCCACAUGCUGGUGUCUGGGCUGCGCGGGCUGCGGAACGAAACACUGAGCAGCGCUCUGCCCCGAAUGCUGGACGCGUCCGCGGCACUGACCUGGCAGGCCCUCCUGCAGUGCGGCACGGCGGAAUGCGACAGCGCCGCCCUGCAGGCCGUCCGGACCGUGGCAGGGAUGCCCCUGGAGAUGGACGCCCUGGUGCACGGGCUCAGCCUGCAGGGCCACGCUGACGCCGGCCGAGUGAGAGACAUGCUCAGCACGGCCAAGUUCAGACAGAGCAAGGCCAUUAUGUAUGCCCUGGCCUACACUGUGAGGAGGUUCUACAGAAACAGUGAAGGACUCCGGAUCCCAGAAUUGACAGAAGUGUCAGACUUCAUGGCGACUAUAUUAGAAGACUGCUCAGUGAACCCAGAAGAGUCCUUCCUUGCAUUGCGGGUAGUCGGUGUCAUGUUCUGA